AUAUAUAAAAAAAAUCUUGUUGCCCAAGUAUAAAAGCAAUCCUCAUUGAAUUCUUCGUCAGUUCGUUAAAGUUAUUUCACUACAACACAACUUGUUUGGUGCACUGAAGUUUGAACUAUCACUUGACACAAAUAUUUACUUAUUUCAAAAUGAAGACAGCAUUUGUGUUAAUAGCCCUGGCGAUAGUAUUUGUGGCUGCUGAAGAGAAAUACACUACAAAAUACGAUAAUAUCGAUGUAGAUGAAAUUUUAAAAUCCGAUCGCCUGUUUAACAACUAUUUCAAAUGUCUGGUCGAUACUGGAAAGUGCUCUCCCGAAGGCCGUGAGCUUAAGAAAUCCCUACCUGAUGCCCUGAAAACCGAAUGCAGCAAGUGUAGCGAAAAACAAAAGGCCAACACCGACAAAGUUAUACGCUUCAUUAUAGAUAAUAAGCCAGCUGAAUGGAAGGAGUUGCAAGCUAUAUAUGAUCCCGAAGAGACUUACAUUAAACGCUACAAAAAUCAAGCUGACAAAGCUGGAAUCAAAAUUUAAAGAAAAACUAUCUACUAUUUCUCAUAGCAAACUUAAUUAAAACAAAAUCUGUAUGAAAGUGUGAAUAUAUUUAAUCGAUUAAAAUAAAACCUAUCGCAUAUAUGUAAAUAUACGGACAUUUAAAACGAUUG